CCCAGCAGGCAAGAGGUUUUUGGCCGCUUCGCAGGAGGCCGUUGGCUGCGCAUGCGUAGUGGGUCACUGCAGGGACCUGAGUUGGUGUAACCAGGCCACAACAGUGAACUCGGAGCACCAAGGACAGGGCAGGCACUCCAGCAGGAGCCCCGCCCGCUUUGGCCAAGAUGCCUUUGGGACAAACUUUAGGGAGCACCCGCUCGGAGGAUGGAAGUGAGGCCUUCCUGGAAGGAAUGGCAGACUGGGAGCUGAGCAGACUACAGCGGCAAUGCAAGGUGAUGGAGGGGGAGAGGCAGGCCUACAGCAAGGAAGUCCACCAGCGCAUCAACAAGCAGCUUGAGGAGAUCCAGCGCCUGGAGGGGUUGCGGGAUAAACUUCAGGUGCAGAUCAGCGUGGCCCAGAGCCAGGUCAAGCGGCUGCGGGACAGUGAGAGGCUGGAGAACAUGGGCCGGCUGCUCAAGUGCGGGGUCCAAGUGCAGGCCGAGGUCAAGGAGCUCCAGGAGCAGACCAGAACCCUGGACAAGCAGAUCCAGGAGUGGGAGACCCGGAUCUUUGCCCUAGGUAAGGAAGUCAGGGCCCCGGGGGUCAUCCUGGAUCAGAAAGUCAAGAUCCAGCAAAGGAUCAAGAUUCUAGAAGACCAGUUGGACAGGGUCACGUGUCGCUUUGACAACCAGCUGGUGCGGAACGCGGCCCUGCGGGAGGAGCUGGACCUCCUGCGCAUUGAGCGGAACCGCUAUCUGAACGUGGACCGCAAGCUGCAGAAGGAAAUCGAGCUUCUGCGACACAUGGUCAGCUCCCUAAUGGUCUCAUCUGCGGCUGCCUACACCGUCAGAGAGGAGGCCAAGAGCAAGAUGGACCUGCUGCGGGAGAGGGCGGAGAAGGAGGUGGCCCAGAAAGACGCGGAGGUGCAGACCCUGCAGCGGCAGAUCGCGCACCUGGAGCAGCUGCACCGCUUCCUCAAGCUCAAGAACAGCGAUCGGCUGCCGGACCCCGCGGUCGUGGAGAAGCGCGAGAAGCGCGCCCGGGAGGUGGCCGAUGGCCUCCGGAAGACCUCCCAGGAGAAGCUGGUGAUGCGCUGCGAGGACGCCAUGAACAAACUGUCCCAGCUGACGGGGGAGAGCGACCCGGACCUGCUGGUGGAGAAGUACCUGGAGAUGGAGGAGCGCAACUUCGCCGAGUUCACCUUCAUCAACGAGCAGAACUCACGGCUGGAGCAUCUGCAGGAGGAGAUCAACGAGAUGCAGAAGGCCUUGGCGAGCACGCGCGCCAGCGAGGAUCUCGUGCGGGCACAGCAAGAGCAGGAGAGGAAGGACUUGGAGCAGCGCGCGGACGAGGUGCACGCGGAGGCCCUGGGCGUGGAGGCCAACUUCCAGGAUGUGCGGGGGCGGCUGGAGAAGCUUAAGGCAGACCUCCAGCAGCUCUUCACCAGGGCCAAGUGUGACAACACCAUCAUCGAAGACCUCCUGGGGGUCAAGACCCACAUGCGAGACCGGGACAUUGGCCUCUUCCUGGGCCUCAUCGAGAAGCGGCUGGUCGAGCUCCUGUCCGUGCAGGCCUACCUAGAUUUUCAGAACUACAGCUCCCCCAGCUUGGUUAGCACCGCUCUCCUGGUUCUGGGCCAGAGCCCUGAGGACCUCCCGAAGAGGAUGGCCGCACCCCAGCUCCCUGACAACCAGGAGGACACCCCAGGCUUUGAGGCCAAAGAGGACGCCCCAAUGAGCAAGGAAGAGCUGCGGAACCAAGUGACAAAGCUGCUGGAGGCGCGGGAGCUGGCGCGGGAGCAGCAGCUGAAGGAGCUGGCGGACGCUGUACGAAAGGUCGAGAGCGCGCCCAGCGUACCCAGCCUCUCUGGCACCCAGCGGGUCUCCUCUGGCUCACCCGUGGGGAUCGCCAAGAGCCCCAGCAUCAUGCCCAGCUCCAUCCUGAGCCAGAGGACUAGUGGCAUCCUGGCGUCCAGUGGGGGCCGUGCCACCGGCUCCAAUGUCGGCCGGGUCACCUUUGGUGACCCCAGCUCCAGUGUAGGCCACGUGACCUUUGCUUCCACCAGCGCCAUGGGGGUUCCGCUCUCUAGCCGGGGCUCGACGGGGGGCCAUGUGACCUUCAGGACCUCCAGCUCUAGUAACUACCUGGGGUCCACCGGGUACGGGGUGUCCAGCGGUGUCCAUGAGAGCCACGUGGGCACGGAGAGCAGAAGCAUGGGGUCGGAAUUGAGUGGAGCCCUCGGGUCCAGCAGAGGCCAAGUCUCCAGCCCCCGCCACACUUCCAGCACCCGCUGGGGCUCCACCACCAGCAAAGAUUAGGGCGCCCCCCACCCCCGGCCCCGGGGCUCGACCUCCCUGCCUCCAGAUUUCCCCAUGACUCUCCAUGUCUCUCUUGCCCCGCGGCUGUCUGCACCUGCCCAACACUGUGUCCCCGUCUGUGUCUCUCCACGCCUCACCACGUGAGACCUCAGCUCUGUCUCCUGGCCCCUUUCGGUUCCCAACUCGCCUUUCCCUUUCUGUCUUCCAAUUUCCUGUUCUCCCAGAUUCCCGUUAAGAGUAUCUCUGUCCUGGGUUCGCCUCUCCCCAGCUCUGCUCUAGCCUCCCCAGCUGUCCUCCCCUGCACCCCACCUCCUGUUUCUGCUCCCACACCUCUAAUCCCUGCUCCUGCGUCUGUCUUCCAGGCUCUCCUUGUACCUCUUGUCCCUGUCUCUGUAGCUCCUCCUUCCUCACCCUCCCUGGGAGCCCCCGGUACUGAGCAUCCGGGCAAGAACUGGAGGGUCAGAGUGAGCUGUGACCGUAGGAAAUAAAGGUCAGAGCCUGACUUUG